CGUCGUCUCGACGGUUUACAAACCGGCUCGACGCCAAAAUCAGCUCAGUCGCUUUCCGGUCGAUGUUUUAUAAAUACUGCAGACAAACGUUUCAGUGCACCGACAGCCAAAAUCGUGUGAUAUCAUCCAGAUUUGUUUUAUAAAUAUCAACAUACAUCGAUAUCCAUAUCUUUUUGAUAAUUAUAAUUACAAUAAUUACAAGCGGUGAUUGUAUAAGUGAUUGAAGGAGUAAAUAGACUAUUAAUAAUUAUAAAGGUGUUUGUUGUUUUAAAAGUGUCAUUGAAUAAUAUUUCAACAACUGUAUUAUACAUGUACUCGCUAAUAUUUUAAGUGAAGCGAGAGGACAAAGAAGAAAAAGUGAUGCGUUUCUGAGAAAUGGCUUGAUUGUCUCAGUGAUUUCCUUGAUCCUGGAGAGUACGCUGCCCUUUGGCUCGUGUCCAAAAAAUCAUUGCCGAAUAAAUAUGUCUUGCUCGCUUUCAGCUGACACAUAUUUUUUUGUUUGAACGAUAAAUAAACAAGUGAAGAAAAGUUUGUGGUAAAAUGAGUUUGACGAAAAAAGCAAUCGGCGGUUCUAUUCAUCGAAUACGCGAAUUUGAAUUAGAAAAGGUGAAUCUUGCCGAAGAGUUCGAUAUACUGCAAAUAGUAGGAGAAGGAUGGUUCGGAAAAAUAUUACUAACAGAACACAAGAGUACACAAACAGAAAUGGCGUUAAAGGCAUUACCGAAAGCAUAUACAGCAAUUACUGAUUUUUAUCGAGAGUUUCAUUAUGGCCUUCAUCUUUCAGCACAUCGGAAUAUCAUAACAACUUAUGACGUUGCUUUCGAGACUGCUGGGUUUUAUGUUUUCAGUCAAGAAUAUGCUCCACUUGGCGAUUUGACGUCAAAUGUAACAGAAACAGGCCUUGGUGAGCUUCACACUAAAAAAGUAGCCCGUCAAUUAGCCGCUGCGAUUCAUCAUAUUCACAGCCGAGAGCUAGUGCAUCGAGAUAUAAAACUUGACAAUAUCCUUGUUUUCAAAAGUGACUUUUCGAGGAUAAAACUUUGUGAUUUCGGCGAAACACGACGAAUAAAUACUAUUGUAAGAAGGCACAAUGAGUGGCUGCCAUAUUCUCCUCCAGAAGUUUUGCACGUAGAUCCAGAUGAUACUUACAAAGCACUAACAGCCCAUGACGUUUGGCAGUUCGGUAUAGUAUUAUUUGUUUGCCUGACGGGUUGUCUACCUUGGCAGAAAGCAGCAAUGGAUGACAAAAGAUACACACGUUACUUGAAUUGGCAUUCAUCGACGCUAAAUAUUGCCAAAAAACCGAAGCUCUUUCAAUUAAUUAGUUCACGAGCCCAGAGAAUGUUCAAAAGACUGCUAGAACCUAAAUUAGAAAAGCGACCUGUUAGUGUAUUGGAAGCUAAUAAAUAUCUUGAAGAUCGAUGGUUGGGCAAAUUGGGCGCCGAAAAAUCAAUGAAUGGCGGAGCAGACGAAAGAGACGAAUUAUGCCCAUCAAUGUACAGCUUCCACAGUUCUCCCGAGGAAAAGAACCAAUUGCUGUACACUUUAACGCGAUACGGAAUCGAAACAACGGUGGACAGGUCGCGAAAGAAAGACCGAAUUCGUGAGUGGAUUCAAUCCAGCGCUAUAACCGAAGAAAACGAAGACGAGGAAUCAGCCAUGGAAGAUUUGCUUCCCGAUUUGAGUAACACCGUGAAUGAAAACGACACCGACGAAAACGGGAGCAUGCAGGGCCGCCAUUUUCCCGAAAGACGUCCGAGUAUCAAGAAAUCAGUGAGUCCAGAAAGGCCAAUCACCAGCGAGAAGGUCAGAUUUAGAAGGUCUACUAGUGACAAGACCUCUUCAAGAAACAGCCCUCACGAGUCGAGCUCCAAAAGACGUUCCAAAUCCUCGCACGGACCUUCUUUGCGAAACAUCGAAAGGAGGAACCCUUUUGCUCCGCAAGUUGCCGAAGAAAUGCAAACUAUCGCGCGAUUCGCGAACUUUCCCAAUGGAGAUCCUAAUCUUGCAGUUUCUCCUUUGGUAAUUGUAAGACCCGAGAAUUCAGGGCACCAAUCUUCUGCUCCAAAAGCUCCUUACUCCGCGGCAAUUCCUGCUAAGCUUGGUUUCAACGAACCGAUUCAGGACAAGACGGUCGAUUCAUCAAGCAAAGAAGUCAAAUCUAACAAUGCAGCGAAUUUGGCGAUUAAUUCAGCUUGGGAAGAAGUCCAAUCGAAAGAAUUGAGCGUGGAAAUGAUUCCUUACAUGCAGUCGCCUCCUAAAAGUCCCCAGGUGCCGAUGAGGAAGAAUCGGGACCAUGGAAUUCAAUUUCCUCUGAUAAAUCAGAUUCCCACGAUGGAUUCGGCCAACAAUGGACGGAAUGAGAGCAACAAAUUAGCGCAGCAAUUGCCGCUAGUUCCAAAUCCACUUACCAUGUCAGUGGCUUCGCAAUUAGUGAUGCAGAGCUUUCACACAAUUCAGGGGAUCAAUUCGAUGCAAUCGACUCCGUUGUCUGGGUCUGGAACUUCUUCGUCAGGAUCUGUCUAUGGAAAGGAUGCUUAUGAGCAUUACGGCGUAGCCCAAGGCACUGUUAUGGCUAAGCCUGAAUACAGAAAUGGACGAUCUAGUGGCAGUGGAAGCAGAUCUGUUAGUAAUUAGGAAUUAGAAGUAGAACUACAUGUGGAUUUAUAAUGUUAUUACGUGGAUAGGUGUAAACAAUAUUUUUAUGGAUGAAUUUUUUAAAAUAUUUUUGGGUUAUUAAAUUAUGUUUAAAUGGGA